AUGGCCGAACUCGACACUCUGGACAUCGUUGUCCUGGGCCUGAUCCUUUGCGGCACCAUUGCUUAUUUCACCAAGGGCAAAUACUGGGGGGUAGUUAAGGACCCCUAUGCAACUUCAUUCGCCAACGCAAAUGGACCCAAGGCAGGCAAGACGAGAAACAUUGUGGAGAAGAUGGAGGAGACGGGCAAGAAUUGUGUCAUCUUCUACGGCUCACAGACAGGGACAGCCGAGGAUUAUGCCUCCAGGCUUGCAAAGGAGGGCAAGAGCCGCUUCGGACUCGAGACAAUGGUUGCCGAUCUUGAGGACUACGACUUCGACAACCUGGACGCCGUCCCGAGCGACAAGAUAGUCAUGUUUGUUCUCGCCACCUACGGAGAGGGCGAGCCUACCGACAACGCCGUGGACUUUUACGAGUUCAUCACCGGCGAAGAUGUCUCGUUUUCCGAGGGCAACACCCCGCCUCUUGACAACCUAAACUACGUCGCUUUCGGUCUCGGCAACAACACCUAUGAGCACUACAACUCUAUGGUACGCAACGUCAACAAGGCCUUAGAGAAGCUUGGUGCGCACCGCAUUGGCGACGCAGGAGAGGGCGACGACGGCGCUGGCACAAUGGAGGAGGACUUCCUGGCCUGGAAGGACCCCAUGUGGGCCGCCCUCGCUGAAAAGAUGGGCCUUGAAGAGCGCGAGGCCGUCUAUGAGCCCAUAUUCAGCGUGACUGAGCGCGAGGAACUUACGGCCGAAUCCCCGGAAGUCUAUCUCGGCGAGCCCAACAAGAUGCACCUGGAGGGCACCGCCAAGGGACCUUUCAACGCUCAUAACCCGUACAUCGCCCCCAUUGUUAACUCGUACGAGCUCUUCAACGUCAAGGACCGCAAUUGUUUGCACAUCGACGUCGACGUCAGUGGCUCCAACCUUACGUACCAGACUGGUGACCACAUCGCAAUCUGGCCUAUCAACCCAGGCGAGGAGGUUGACCGCUUCCUUGACGUGGUUGGGCUUUCGGACAAGCGUGACACAGUAAUCAGCGUCAAGCCUCUCGAGCCAACAGCAAAGGUUCCCUUCCCUGCACCUACCACGUACGAUGCCAUUGUCCGCUACCACAUGGAAAUAUGUGCUCCGGUCUCGCGUCAGUUCCUUGCCACACUGGCUGCCUUUGCGCCUGAUGAGGAAAGCAAGGCGGAGAUGACUAAGCUCGGCGGUGACAAGGACUAUUUCUCUGCCAAGAUCAGCAAGCACUACCUCAACAUCGCACGAGUACUUCACAAUGUUGGUAAGGGCAAGAAAUGGAACAACAUUCCUUUCUCCGCCUUCAUCGAAGGUAUUACAAAGUUGCAGCCCAGGUACUACUCGAUUUCGUCCUCCUCGAUGGUUCAGCCCAAGGUCAUCUCCAUUACUGCUGUAGUGGAAAAGCAGGAGAUUCCCGGUCGCGACGAUCCAUUCCGCGGUGUUGCUACCAACUACCUUUUGGCCCUCAAGCAGAAGCAAAACGGAGAGCCCGAUCCAGAGCCAUUUGGUCGCACCUUUGCGCUCGAGGGACCCAGAAACAAGUACGAUGGAGUUCGGGUUCCCGUACACAUUCGCCAUUCCAACUUUAAGCUCCCCUCCGACUCAACGAAGCCCAUCAUCCUCGUUGGACCGGGAACCGGUGUGGCUCCGAUGAGGGCCUUUGUUCAGGAACGCGCCAAGCAAGCCGAAAAGGGCGAAGAGGUUGGGAAGACGAUAUUGUUCUUUGGCUGCCGAAAGCCUAAUGAGGACUUUUUGUACAAGGACGAGUGGGAGGAAUACAAAAAUAUCUUGGGCGACAAGUUUGAGCUUGUCACCGCUUUUUCAAGGGAAGGUCCCAAGAAAGUCUACGUCCAGCACCGUUUGAAGGAGAGGUCUCAAGAGAUCAACGACCUAUUGACUAAGAAGGCUUACAUCUACGUCUGCGGUGAUGCGGCCAACAUGGCUCGCGAGGUCAACUCAGUUCUGGGACAGAUAAUAGCAGAGCAGCGUGGUAUUCCAGAGGCCAAGGCUGAGGAAAUCGUCAAGAACAUGAGGGCGGCAAACCAGUACCAGGAGGACGUCUGGUCCUGA